ACCUCAUGGUUCCUAGUCGGAUUCGUUAACCACUGAGCCACAACAGGAACUCCGAUCAAAUGCUUUUAGAUGCCAUUUUCUCUACCUUCUCAUUUAACCUGCCCAAGGUCUGCAUUCAGUGAAAUAUAUUUUUAUUACUGUAUUUCUAAGCAGAAAUUAUUCUAGCAAUUUAAAGAAAGUAUAGUUACUUUAGUUACAUAGGUUUUUUUCUUUAGACUAUGUAGAAUGCCUCUGCCAUUAAGGUAGCCCAGUAAAAUGCAAAGUUGUGAACAAAGAGUUAUAGAGCUGGAAAGUGUUUCAUAAAUAUGAGAUUCUCAUUAUCAGAUAAACUUGCCCAAUUGUUUACUUUAAUGAUUAAGUAACUGAGACCCAGGAGCUAGCUGCUGGAAACAGAGCUAGGAUUUGAAUCCUGCUCUCCUAGCCCUUGGUUUCAUUCUGGAUGUGUAGGCGCUCUGGCAGGGAUGUGUCACUCCAUUGCUGUCGGAGUUUGAUUUGUCUGAUUGUAGCUGGUCUUUUCUAGCUAGUUAAGUUAGAACGUAUCCCUCCUUCCCAGAGCUACAUAUUUGAUUGAAAAGAAAAAUCUUCUGUCGGAAAUAAGCUCUUAGUUAUUUUUAUUUUCCAACCCCAAAUGGAUGCUUCUUUAGUGGCGAUGAAGGUGGUGCGAUCAGUGGCAUGAACUUUAGAAAGAUUUAAGAGCAUAUGAACUAUUUUCAUGGUGGUUGGGAUGCUUGCUGUUCCUUGACUUACCGUGGCUCGUUUUAUGUGUGAUACUAAUCCUGACAGUAGAUUUUGGACAGGUAUAUCUGACUUCUAGGAUUUUUAUCUGUUUCAUGUCUUAUGGCGUAUGUAUACCUGGGAAGUAAGUAUUUGGUACUAUAUAAAUUAUUUAAAAAGAAGUGUAUUGUCCUCACUUAGGUUUUGGUCUCAUUCGGUCAAUGGGGGUGGCAUUUUUUUAGCUCUGCAGUUAACUCAGUGUUUGAGUUUCACCUUACUGUUAUUAAUUUAGGCUGUAAUUAUUUGAUCUGAAGAGCCUUUGUCUACUCACAGUCUAACACGAUGAUCUUAUGAUUCACUAGGAUCUUUUCCAGUAGUUUAGUUGGUUUUAUUCAGGUCUUGAUUUAGUUAUGUGGGAGGAGGUGUACUCUUGUAUAGACACCUUUUUUCGUGACUCUCUCUGCAGUAAUGGGCACCCCAGAUUAUCUUAUUCCUGAUAAAUAAGCUAACUUUUCCCAGUUGUCUUUGUUGACUUCCUAUAGCAAGUACAUUCCAGUGACAAGUUUGGACUUGUUGUCAUGAAGGGCCUUGUGGCCUGAGGACCCGUUAGGUGCCACUUCCUGUUUUACCUGAUAUCCCAAGUCUUCUCAUUCCUGAUAAAUAUGUUAAUUCUGGAGGUUAAACAGAUUAUCUUUGUUGAUUGAAAGAAAAUAUCUCACAAAGUGAGAUUUAUUUCUAAAGUCAGGAUUUGAGAGGUAAAGCAUGUCACGUUGGGAGAGUCCUCGCGUUUAAACUGGAUUCCCAUCUUUAGGGGCAUUUCAGCUUUUUGUUACAAGUAACCGCGCUGCUGGUUUUUUCCUUCUAUGGCAAGUACACACCAGUGACAAGUUUAGGCUUGUCAGUGUGAUGGGCUUUGUAGCUUGAAACCAGUAGGUACCACUUCCUGUUUUACAUUUGAGGAAUUGAGUCUAUUUUAAUAUUAAGCAUCUUUAUAGUGAAACCAAGCAAGGUAGUUUGGUUUUAUCAAUGCAAAAUUUAACCUAAUUAUUUGCCUUUCUGGCAACAGAAAAAUUUUUUUUCUCUUUAAUCUGUGGAAAUUGAUUUGUUGAAUGUUUCCAUCUAUGAAAAAAAAAGAAUCAUUUAUCCUGAUAUGCUGAGGUAAUUUCCCCAUGAUUAGUGAUGAUUUGGUUAACUCUUAUCAUCUUCUGCUGUGUGCUUUGGACUUAGUUUAUGGAAAUGCCCUUCAGUGUUCCAAUCGUAAAGAACUGGUAAACCCUAAUUUUAAAGGCCUAUCCGAAGACUUUCAUGCUAAGGAUUUUAAACCUUCCUCCGACCCACCUUGUGUUAUUGAGAAACUCUGUUCCUUUCAUGAUGGCCUUGUUUUGGAAGCAAAGGGAAUAAAGGAACAUUUCUGGAAACCCUAUAUUAGGAAACUUUAUGAAAAAAAGCUCCUUAAGGGAAAAGAAGAAAAUCUUACUGGUUUUUUAGAACCUGGGAAUUUUGGAGAGAGUUUUAAAGCCAUCAAUAAAGCCUAUGAGGAGUAUGUUUUAUCUGUUGGAAAUUUAGAUGAACGGAUUUUUCUUGGAGAGGAUGCUGAAGAGGAAAUUGGGACUCUCUCAAGGUGUCUGAACAGUGGUUCAGGAACAGAGACUGCUGAAAGGGUACAGAUGAAAAACAUCUUGCAGCAGCAUUUUGACAAAGGUAUGAAGAAAGAACACAGCGAAGACUCCAGUUGGUCUAAAGCACUUAGAAUCUCCACACCACUUACUGGUGUGAGGUACAUUAAGGAUAACAGCCCUUGUGUGACUCCAGUUUCUACAGCUACACAUAGCUUGAGUCGUCUUCACACCAUGCUCACAGGCCUCAGGAAUGCACCAAGUGAGAAAUUGGAACAGAUUCUAAGGACAUGUUCCAGAGAUCCAACCCAGGCUAUUGCCAACAGAUUGAAAGAAAUGUAUGAAAUAUAUUCUCAGCAUUCCCAGCCAGAUGAGGAGUUUAGUAAUUGUGCUAAAGAAAUUGCCAGCAAACAUUUUCGUUUUGCAGAGAUGCUUUACUAUAAAGUAUUAGAAUCUGUUAUUGAGCAGGAACAAAAAAGACUGGGAGACAUGGAUUUAUCUGGCAUUCUGGAACAAGAUGCAUUCCACAGAUCGCUCUUGGCCUGCUGCUUGGAGGUCGUUACUUUUUCUUAUAAGCCUCCUGGGAAUUUUCCAUUUAUUACUGAAAUAUUUGAUGUGCCACUUUAUCAUUUUUACAAGGUGAUAGAAGUAUUCAUCAGAGCAGAAGAUGGCCUUUGUAGAGAGGUGGUAAAACACCUUAAUCAGAUUGAAGAACAGAUCUUGGAUCAUUUGGCAUGGAAACCAGAGUCUCCACUCUGGGACAGAAUUAGAGACAAUGAAAACAGAGUUCCUUCAUGUGAAGAGGUCAUGCCACCUCAGAACCUGGAAAGAGCAGAUGAAAUCUGUAUUGCUGGCUCCCCUUUGACUCCCAGAAGGGUGAGUGAAGUUCGUGCUGAUACUGGAGGACUUGGAAGAAGCAUAACAUCUCCAACCACAUUAUAUGAUAGGUACAGCUCUCCAACAGCCAGCUCUACCAGAAGGCGGUUAUUUGUUGAGAAUGAUAGCCCCACUGAUGGAGGGACCCCUGGGCGCCUUCCCCCACAGCCUCUCGUCAAUACUGUCCCUGUGCAGAAUGUAUCUGGAGAAGCAGUUUCUGUCACACCAGUUCCUGGACAGACUUUGGUCACCAUGGCAACAGCCACUGUCACAGCCAACAAUGGACAAACAGUGACCAUUCCUGUACAAGGCAUUGCCAAUGAAAAUGGAGGAAUAACAUUCUUUCCAGUGCAAGUCAAUGUUGGAGGGCAGGCGCAAGCUGUGACUGGCUCCAUCCAGCCCCUCAGUGCUCAGGCCCUGGCUGGAAGUUUAAGCUCUCAACAGGUGACAGGAACAGCCUUGCAAGUCCCUGGUCAGGUGGCCAUUCAACAGAUUUCCCCAGGUGGACAACAGCAGAAACAAGGCCUGCCUUUAACCAGCAGCAGUGUAAGACCCAGGAAGACAAGCUCUUUAUCGCUUUUCUUUAGAAAGGUUUACCACUUAGCAGGUGUCCGCCUCCGAGAUCUUUGUGCUAAACUGGAUAUUUCAGAUGAACUGAGGAAAAAAAUCUGGACCUGCUUUGAAUUCUCCAUAAUUCAGUGUCCUGAACUUAUGAUGGACAGACAUCUGGACCAGUUGUUAAUGUGUGCCAUUUAUGUGAUGGCAAAAGUCACAAAAGAAGACAAGUCCUUCCAGAAUAUUAUGCGUUGCUAUAGGACUCAGCCACAAGCCCGAAGCCAGGUGUAUAGAAGCGUUUUGAUAAAAGGGAAAAGGAAAAGGAGAAAUUCUGGCAGCAGUGAUAGUAGAAGUCAUCAGAAUUCUCCAACAGAACUGAACAAAGAUAGAACCAGUAGAGACUCCAGUCCUGUCAUGAGGUCAAGCAGCACCUUGCCUGUUCCACAGCCCAGCAGUGCCCCUCCUACACCUACUCGCCUCACAGGUGCCAACAGUGACAUGGAAGAGGAGGAGAGGGGAGAUCUUAUUCAGUUCUACAACAGCAUCUACAUAAAACAAAUUAAAACAUUUGCCCUGAAGUACUCACAGGCAAAUGUAAUGGAUGCUCCUCCACUCUCUCCCUAUCCAUUUAUAAGAUCAGGCUCGCCUCGCCGAAUACAGUUGUCUCAAAAUCAUCCUGUCUACAUUUCCCCACAUAAAAGUGAAGCAAUGCUUUCUCCUCGAGAAAAGAUUUUCUACUACUUCAGCAACAGUCCUUCAAAGAGACUGAGAGAAAUUAACAGUAUGAUACGGACAGGAGAAACUCCAACCAAAAAGAGAGGGAUUCUUUUGGAAGAUGGAAGUGAAUCACCCGCAAAAAGAAUCUGCCCAGAAAAUCAUUCUGCCUUAUUACGCCGUCUCCAAGAUGUAGCUAAUGACCGAGGUUCCCACUGAGGUUAGUCUGUUGUAUUGAACCUGUCUUUUCACAAACUCUGUUUAGCAGCAUCAUUUAAUGCAUGCUAGAAUGUAGGGCUCUUUUCCUUAAUCCUUCCAGUAUCUUUAGGAUAUUUUUACUCAUCCCAGCUGCCUUUUUUCCUACCACUCAGUGCUUGCCAUUAAGGCUGCUGAGAAUCCAAACUUGGAUUUUUUUUUUUAACUCUUUGGCAAAGCUAUUACAAGUAUCGCAGAGAACAGAGUGUACUCAGAUAUCUGUGGGAGAGGUCUCUGUUAACAUGUUCCAGCAGAGAAACUGUGUUUUAAUUCAUUCCUACCUGUUUUGUGGUCAGCUCUAGCCCUCAUGAAAAGCCAAACAAAAACUAGGUAUUUUGUCCGAAAAAAUUUGGUAGGAGUGAAAGAUUUUUGCAUUCCUAAAAGGUAGCAAGAUAGUGCCCGAUUUGGAGGUCCUAGGUUAUUAGUCCAAGUCUCCCAUUCCCUUUGUGUAAUUUCUUUCCUCUCCCCAUUAGGUGUGGUGCAGUGUGACAAGUGCUUGAUUGUGUGCAAUGUGUGAGUGAACCUAUAAGAAGUGGCACUUUAGGGCUGUAAGAAGCAUGAUUUUGUAACCCAGAUUUUGCUGUAUAUUUGCAAUGGCACUUUCUACAAUGUGAACUUUAUUAAGUACAAAACUUCUAGGCUGAACUUAAUUCAGUGUCCUCUUUGAUGCUUUUGUACUUUUUUUAAAAACUGUUAAAGCCCCAGUAGCUACCUUUUGGACAUGUGUUUUAAAUUCUCCAGUUUUUUGUUAAUAAGGAUCAACGGGCUAAGUAAAGAUUUUAAAUCAAGUUGAAUUAAGGGAUUAUGAAAAAUUAUGACCUCUUCCUUUAGGAGGUAGUUAUCCAAAAGACACGUGUCUUUAUUACGGUGAAAUAUUUUAAAUAUCUUUGGGUGUGUUCCUGGCAGUUAAAAAAAUAAAAUAGGUUGGAGAAUUUGGGGUUUUAUUAGUACAUAGUACCGUUUUUACAAAUUAGAAAAUGCUAAUUUAACAGCUAUUGAAUUAUAUAUAUAUACAUAUAUAUAUACACACACACCUUUAUUAAUCAUUAUUAUUCCAGCAGUUUUCAAGUUGAAUAAUCUUAUUAGGGAGAAAAUUCAAUUGUAAAUUGAAUCAGUAUAAACAAAGUUACUAGGUAACUUCAUAUUGCUCUGAAAGAAAUACGGAACUCACACUGUUCACCUAGAAUAGUGUUCUGCAAAAAUAUUUAUAAAAACCUCUCAAGAUACUGCUACUGUAAUUUUAUAUGAAAAUAAGUGUAUUUUUCAAUAAAGCGUUUAUAAAUUACUCUUUGUUUAGUUAUAUUGAGAAAAGGGUUUCAGUUUCCUGGAUAAAUGACAAAGAACAAUCAUUUAUUGGUUUAUUGUCUCUACAAAACACAUUAGUCAUUCAUCAUUUAAAUAUCUGACUUCAUUAGAAACCAUUUUAACACUUUUUCUCCCUCCAGCCAUAAAAAUACAGUGAGUGAUUUGCUUUAAAAAAAAAAAAAAAA